GGCGCCCUGACCGCGGCGGACACGAUGCGAGCCCAAAUCGAGGUGAUCCCGUGCAAGAUCUGCGGAGACAAAUCCUCAGGGAUCCACUACGGUGUCAUCACCUGCGAAGGUUGCAAGGGUUUCUUUCGGAGGAGCCAGCAGAACAACGCCAGCUACUCCUGCUCCCGCCAGAGGAACUGCCUGAUCGACCGCACCAACCGCAACCGCUGCCAGCACUGCCGCCUGCAGAAAUGCCUGGCACUGGGCAUGUCCCGCGACGCGGUGAAGUUCGGCCGCAUGUCCAAGAAGCAGCGGGACAGCCUCUACGCCGAGGUGCAGAAGCACCAGCAGAGCCAGGAGCAGAACGGCGGCACCAAGGAUGAGCCCGAGCCCCUGAGCCGCGUCUACACCACGAGCGUCAGCAGCGGCCUCUCGGACCUGGACGACAUCUCCACGCUGUCGGACGGGCUCCUCUUCGACUUCCCCCUGACCCCUGAUGGCAGCAGCACCUACUACAACCUGGACCUGCUGGCCUCGGCGCAGCCCUCGCCCGACCAGUCCAGCCUGGACGUGGCUGAUGCCACGCUCAUCAAGCAGGAGUCCAUCUACGAGCUGAUGCUGGAGCCGGCGCUCUUGGCGCACGGGGCACUGGAGGGUGCCCAGCUGCCCCCUGACAUCUCUGUCCUGGAGAUUGACCGGGUGGCCCAGAACGUGGUGAAGUCGCACCUGGAGACGUGCCAGUACACAACGGAGGAGCUCAAGCGCCUGGCGUGGAGCCUCUACUCCCCCGAGGAGGUCCGUGCCCUGCAGAGCAAGAGCUGCGAGGCCAUGUGGCAGCAGUGCUCGCUGCAGAUCUCCAACGCCAUCCAGUACGUGGUGGAGUUCGCCAAGCGCAUCGACGGCUUCAUGGAGCUCUGCCAGAACGACCAGAUCAUCCUCCUGAAAGCCGGUUGCCUCGAGGUGCUCCUGCUCCGCAUGAUCCGCGCGUUCAACCCCUUGAACAACACCGUGCUCUUCGAGGGCAAGUUCGGUGGGAUGCAGAUGUUCAAAUCUCUCGGCUGUGACGACCUCAUCGGUGCCGUCUUCGAGCUGGGGAGGACCCUGUGCCGCCUGCAGCUGUCGGACGAGGAGCUCGCCCUCUUCACUGCUGCCGUCCUGCUCUCCCCAGACCGCCCGUGGCUGACCGAGUCCAAGAAGGUGCAAAAGCUCCAGGACAAAAUCUACGUGGCCCUGCAGCACGAGAUCCAGAAGAAACACUCCGCCGAGGACAAGCUCUCGAAGAUGGUUUCCAAGCUGCCCUUGAUGAAGACCAUUUGCAACCUGCACUUGGACAAGCUGGAAUUUUUCCGUCUCCUGCACCCGGAGACUGCCAUGAACUUCCCGCCCCUCUAUAAGGAGGUUUUCAACUCGGAGCUGCAGUACAGCGACCCCCGGGAGAGCUAAGGCCGGCAGCCAGCGGCCCCCUUCGAGCUCCCCAAAACUUGGAGACGAACUGCACUUCAGAGGUUUGGGGCAAUUUAUUUAAAUCAAAUAAUCAAACUCGAGAGAACCCCGGGGGGGCUGCGGCGCCUCCCUGGCCCCACCUCCUCGCUGCGGAUUGCAAUAGCUCUUGAAUGUAAAGCACCUUGAAGGAAAAAAAGCAAACGGACUUUGCCAUACCAGUGAAAUGAAUGUGAAAUCUCUGCUCGGGAGAGGAGAUGCUCCCGGCAGUGGUGAGGGACCGGCUGCUCCCGGUGACACGGGAGGAGGGAGUGCCCUUCCCGCUGUCCCGGCUGCACUCUCCACCUCCGAUUUUUAUUUCUUUAUUUUUUAAUUUUUAUUUUAUUGUUUUUUGGUUUGGUUUUUUUUUUUUAGCCCAAACACCAGGCAUGGGAUAAAGAAGGGGCAAUGCUGACUCGGCUGGGUCGGGUUGGGACUGGAGCUGAGGAGAGAGAAAAGACAGAGCCUUUGCUUUAUUUAAUCUCCCAUGGGUGCAGCGGGCCCCCGGGAGCCUGGCCAAGAAAGGUUUGGUUGUGCCUGGUGGGGGAUUCAGCGCAGGAUUUUCCUGUGGAGGAGGCUGGUUUGAGGGAAAAGAUGCCCAGUGCAGCAGGGGGAAAGUCUUGCAGGGUCUCCAUGCCCUCCAUCGCAGCAUUUUCCCAAAUUCCCAGCCAGCUCCUCAUGCAGCUGGGCAACCACCCGACUUCACGGAGCCAGUCCAGCAGGUUCACCUGCCUCGUGCACCACAAAAGCUUUUCCAGGCCCGUGGGACUUCAGCCAGAGCCCAAAUCCUGCCCAUCCCACCCCAGAGGCACACCUGGAGGGGCUCCAGGGCUGUCCCUGUGCCCGUGGUGGCCGCAGCAGCAGUGGCUCUCUGGGCGCUGCUCUUGUGUGGAGUUCUCUUAUCAAUCCCAUUAAACUGCCCCUUGUUCAGCACCCUGAGGAGGGUUUGUGACCCUUCCUCCACCCAGCCCACAGCUGCUCCCACUCCCAGGUUCCCCCGUCCCGCACCACACACAGGAGCUCACACACGGCUCUGCUGCUGCAGGUGGAGUUGGAUCCCGGCUUCCCCUCAGUGAGCUCCCUAGAAGUGUUAUUUUGGGGGUCGUUCUUGAGGCAGCAGGAUUUAGGAGCUUUUUAGAGGGAGAAACUGCCUGUUGGAGUCAAGGGGAAGUGAAAGGUUCUUAUUCCUCCUCUUCAAGGAGUAAGGGUGGUUGGAAGGAAUGUGGUGUCCGGGACCUGCUGCUCCUUUGGGGAGGCUCAGAAGGGGAUGAAGGGAAGGAUUUGUGGGGUGAUUGCUGUUCUAGGCCACGGCAGCAGGGGAUGCUUGAGAGACUCUGUGGCUCUGCAGAUGGAUUUUUCCGUCCCUGUUCCCGCUCCCGCUGCAGCAAACGCCAAAAAAACUACAAGGGAAAAAUCUGCUCCGAGGCAGCCCCAGUUUCUGCUGACAAAGGGCUAAAAUCCCAAGCCCUUUCCUGAUUCGUGCUGAUUCCUCGUGCACCCAAUCCCAGCCUCCAGCAGCUCAGACCAUCCCCGAGCGAGAGCCAAAACCUUUGCAUCCAUAACUGCACCCCUUAAACGAAACGAGCAGCUUUCUUAGUGACGUGAGGGAUAUAUUCCUGCUUUUAUUAAAAGACCUCCUAGGGAAGACCAUGGACCAAACUUGACGAGGGAAACCUCCCCAGGAAGCUGAUGGGAUUUCUGCUCCGCUCGAAGGCAGACGGAAACCGCGCUCCUCCCUGGCAGCCGCCGCCGGCCGCGUGCAGCCCCGAGCUCCCUGGGUUUGCUGAGCACAUCCAAACUGCUUCUGGGAGUAGAUUGGAGCCCUCCAGCCUCGGCUCCCUCUCCUCUGGAGCCCUCCAGCCUCGGCUCCCUCUCCUCUGGAGCCAGGUCUCUGGGAAAAGGCUGCCGGCCCUCCCACGGCCCCGCGCAACGUCCAGUGCCAAUGCGUCGCUGUCCAGCGCAGCGUCCACAGCGUGGGGAUGUGCCCGGCUCCUCUCCUGCCCUCUCCAAAAGCUCAGACAAAAGCGAGAAGUCAGA